AUGUGUGUCUCUCCCUUGAUCCGACUGCUGUCAAGCUCCUUUUAUAGCUCCAGAAUCAGCUACGAUCCACCUCCGCGUAUCUCGCCACGUGCAGCUAACGAUCCCGUGCCGACCUGGUCCUUGAUCGAGCUGGAGCUCGUCUUUACGUCGACCGGAAUAGCUCGGAUGGCAGUUAACUGGCUUACGAGGGAGUCGCUUGGUGGGCUCGAGGUCUUCUUGCUGGGCUUGAGUGGGCCUGGACUUCAAUCUUGGAUCAAGAUCGCGAACGAAUCUUGUCAACUCGCUGCAAUCUCGCUACCCGAGCUCCUCGAGAACGGAUAUCGCGUGUUACCGAGAUUCGAAAUGAUUAUGUUUUCGAAUCGGACGGUUCAGAUUGAGGAGAGCGAAGAGCCCGUGCGGCUGAGAUCUGUUGGGACCCACAGCGCGUCACAUCAUCAGCUCGUCGCAUGCAAGCGGUUAAGAUCUGUGAGUUGUUGUUUCGAUUUCGAAUUUCUCCAAAACCUCCUUCAACCUCUUUUUCCUCCGUCUCCUCCUCCGAUUACAAUGCCUCCGAAGGUAAUCGUCAAGCAAGAGAAGGGAAAGGCCGUCGACCCCGGUGGCGACGGGAAGUUUACGCCGCACGCCGAGACGGCGCUCGACGCCGAAAGCCUAGACACCUUCCGUCAGGAUUUCGGGAUCCCGGACGAGAUAGAGCUCGUCCUGCCGGCUGAGGGCGAGGACCCGGAACAUGUUCGUCCGGGGUUUUGCUGCGCCUACACAUCGUAUUGGCGGAGCGCCGGGAUGAUUUUCCCGGUCCCUCGUUUUCUGAUGGAAGCGCUCGCUCAUUACAAGAUGGCGUUUCCACAGAUGCACCCGAGCUUCGUCCGCCACGUGAUAGGAUGUGCGGUUCGAGCUCGGGAAGAGGGCGUCUCGUUCGGUGUUCGAGAUUUGAGAAAGCUUUUCUCGGUGAAGAACAACACCAGGCUACCCGGGUCGUUUUACUCCUCGCCGAGGCCGAAUCGGCGAAUAUUCACGAACACCCCGCAGAGGGAUAGCGGGUGGAGUGACGAGAUGUUCUUCUUCCGGGUCAGCGAGGCCACGAUGGGCGACUUCGACUUUGGUCGAAUCCGAACGGAGUGGGCGACUAGCGUUGUUGUAGAUCCAGUACCGAACAACCCGGGGAUUGAUUACCUCGUCGAGCGACUCGGAAGGGAAAAGGUGAACUGGAGUACUUUUACUCCGGAACGGAUCCGUCGUGUUCUCAGCUCUCCUCCUGCUCCUCCUCCAGCUGAUCUUCCGGUUAGAUCGGCGCAAGAUUCUAGCUCCGCUUCUUCUGUUCCUCCUCUUACACGCAGAUCGAAAAUGCCUCGUCGUCAGCCUCUCAGAUCCCGGACCGCAAAGGGUGCCAAAGGCGCUUCCUCGGGUGGAAGUCGAGUUCGUGCCGGCGAGUUCGUAACGGCGGUGGAGGAGGCUAUGGCUUCGAAGCCCACGGCGGGGUCUUCUGCCCUUGCCGACCAGGUGGUUGACCAGGUCGACGCGACCGCUGAAGGAGAGAUCGUUCCUCUCCCGAGUACGGUUCAUGUGAGCUCCGAUCGGACUCGGAGUUCGGACCAAGGUCACUCGAGGCAGGCGUCGAAGCGAGCUCGGAGUGACGAUGGCGAGGCUCGUUCUCGCGAGGGCGGUCCGACUGCCUCGAACGGGAGCGGGGGAAAGCCGCCGUUCUACUGGCAGUACGAGAAUUCCAGAGGCUUCCCCGUUCAGGACGACGAGGAGGGAACAGCUCGCAUUCAGCUCCACUUCAAGCCCGUCGGAUGCCGGCUCCCGUCCCUGAACCAGAUGUCUGAGAAGGAGCUCUACAUCGCGACGUGCGCUGCGAGCGGGAGGGCUGUGGCAGCUCGUAACAUGUUGGUGUCCCGCCUGGAGUCGAGGAUCAGAGAUGCGCCUCAGCAGAAAGAGCUCGAUCAGGUGAAGGAGCUCGUUGCCAAGUUGACCUCCGAUCUCUCUGCGGCGAACGAGCGGGUAGCUCGUCAGGGUGAGCUCUUGAAGAAACACACCUCGCAAGAGGGUCGUGUGAAAGAGCUCGAGACCAGGGAGGCCGAUCUCUUGCGCCAGCUGUCCCAGAAUCAGGAGCAGAUGGCGGCUUUGCAGAAGGAGAGCUCGAGUGCGCUGACGCAGUCGCUUCGCCUUAGCCGGGAGAACCAGGUACUCGUCGCCGAGAAGGACAACAUAGCUCGCCGUGCCAACCGCGCAGGUCGGAGGGAGAUGGUCGCGAAGCAUCGGGAAGUGCUUGAAUCGGCUAAGGCAAAGUUCGAGGAGAAGAGGGUGGAGGGUGAGAAGGAGGGCGAUCAGAUCGAACUCCAGUCCAACAUCGAUCUCCUUACGUCGCUGAUCUCCGGUGCGAUCAACCAGGAGGAAGAGCUCGCCAGGUUGAAGGGGCUCGAAGAUGAGGUGGCCGAAGCAGCCAAGGCGGCCCAAGUCUCCGAUUUCUCGAUCGGGAAGUUUAACCUUCCCGUGGUUUCGGAGGACUCGGUCGCGCGUAUGGAGAUCGACCCAUCGACGAGCAUCCCGGUUGGCUUGAACCCGUUCGGGACGAAUGCCGAAGAGAAGGGAAGCAACGAGGAGGAAGAGAAGGAAGAUGAAGAGAUGACCGUCGAGGACUGA